ACAGCAUAGUGCAGCAAAGCUAAAAAAGCAGAUGGCUGCUUUCAAUGGCAGCUGCCACCGCGCGCAGACGUAAACAGCGAUUACAGUCGUACAGGUUAUGCAGGCUCUACGCUUUAAAACAAGAUAAUAAAAAAAUAUACUUCUAAUGGUGAACGAAUGUGAGCCGGAGUACCAAUGAAUUCAAAUUUAAUAUAUUAAUCGUCAUAAUUAUUUUACAUAGGUCAAGCAUUGUUGAAAAUGGGAAAGAAAAGAAACAUUCAACCUCCACCAAUAAUGCCAGGACGGAUAAAAGUAGAAAUAAAAGAUGAAAUUGGGGACAGUGAUGUUCUUGUAGCAAGAGAUCGUUUAAAGGGUGCUCUUCGAGAGUUGUUACAGCAUAGUGACACUGGUUCAUCAGCUGAAUCGGAUGACAGUCCCAUUACAGAUUAUAAACAUCCUGUGAAAAAGAUCACAAAAUCUGUUAAUCCACAACAACCACGGAAAGUCAGACGUCGUCGGCCGAUACAAACUGACACCGCAUUUCAUCAUACAUAUGUGAUGAAAUUAUUUGAUCGUAGUGUUGAUUUAGCUCAGUUUCAAGAAGAUACACCACUAUAUCCAAUAUGCCGUGCUUGGAUGGCUAAUCAACCGAGGAAUCCUCAUUUGGUCCCUAAGGUGCGUAGUCCAAGUCCAGAAAUAGUUAAUGAAGUUAGCAUGGCAGAUAAUUUAAUUGGUACCGACGGUGAGAUAAGUGAUGUCCAUUAUUUGCCACUACCUUUACCUCGUGAAGAAGCCAUACCAAGAAAUCGUAUUCCAUCCCCUAUACUUGGAGAGAAAGAUGACUUGAACUUAGAUUACGAUGGACAAACUCUCAAAACAAAAGAACAAUUAAUGAAGGAUCAUAAUGAACGGUGGAAUGCUGUACGCAAAAAGUGGCAUCAGCAAGCGCAUAAAAACGAACAGCGUUAUGCACAGAGUGCUACUAUACUUAGCACUAUUUUUACAAAGGCACAAUCGGAGUUUGAAUAGCAGAAAUGUGGCAGUCCAAUGACUGCCGGUUCUUCUACCGCUAAUAAUUUUGCUUCUGGUAACUUUUAUUAUGUCAUCAAAGAAUAAUUUCUUAUUUGCUAUUUUUCUACAUGUCUUCAUUAGUGAGUGAACGUAUAUAUGCAGAAGUGAUUAUACUUAUAUAUGUCUUAUAUGAAUGUAGUUUUUUUUUAUUCAUAAUGCCCAGAAGAAAAAUCUAAUCAUGUUUUAAUGAUAUUCCGAGACCAAGUUAUCUAAUCUUAAUACAAAAGGAAGUUGUGAUGCACUUGUAACUAUUUUUUCUUUUAAUAAAAAUAAUGAAAUAUA